AUGUUUGCGAUUGUCUUCCUGGUAUUGGUUCUAUUCAUUCUCAUUCUUGCUCCCAUCCUUGCCGAGGCGGCGCUAAACGACUCGGAAUUUUCUGUGAAUAGGAUGGAUAUUGUAGGGGAGAAUAUCAAGGACUGUGCUGCCAGUGCCGCCUUCUGCUUGGACACCAUACUCGUUUCUACUCUCUACAAUCCCUUGAUCUUUGGUGUGACGGUCGAGCCAUUCACUGCAUCAUUCUCGACUGAUGAAGCUGACCUUGGGUAUUCGUCCAUGCCCGCGGUAAAGGUGAAGGCGAGCUCCCAUACUGUAGUCAAUGAGACUGUUGUCGUAACAGUCUCUAACCGUAGUGAAUUCGAUCGUUUCUCAGCCGAUAUAAUCUCCAAGAUAAGUCACUAUGAGGGUAAAGCUGACAUGUAG